AUGGCCCCGCUAUUCAGCAAAAGUGCAAAAAGUCACAAAACGAUAGAAGAUUUGAACGAUUAUUGUUUACUCGAUAUUAUCGACAAAUUGUCGCUUAAAGAGAAGUUCAGAUUCCGACUGAACAACCGAUUCAGACAUCUGGUCGACACUAAUCUCAAUACAACGAGAGGUCUGAAGAUUGGCCGAAAUGCUCGCAAUUGCUGUGAUCCCAGACACUGGAGUCUCUCGCUUACGAUUGGCGGACAACAGGGCAACGAUUUGUUUGAAUUGAAUGACAAGAAUAAGAAUAUUCUGAAAAUGAUUUUCAGAUUUUGUCCGAACAUUAGAUGCAUUGAAAUGAGCGCUGAGGUGGACCUGAAAAUGAUGGUAUGGAUCCGAAAACGAUGCAAACUCUUGGAGUGUUUGCAAUUGAAUAAAUCUGUUCUCAAUAGUCGUCUCACGUCUCGCCAGUGGAUACAAAUCGGAGAGACAUUGUCCGACAAUUUGAUUCACUUGUCAAUGAAUUCGGUGACAAAUCCCGAGAAGUUGACUGAAUUUGGUCUCAUUUAUAUGGUGCAGAACUUUACAAAUCUCCAAGAGUUUAGUUUCGAUGUCUACGAAAUGCCAAUCGACAAGGUUUUCACAUAUUUCGGUCCAAAUCUAAAGACCUUAAAACUCAACAAAUGCUAUAAAUAUAGAGUCCAUCCAAACACUUUCAAUAUUUUAAGACAAAAUGCCAUUAACUUAGAGCACCUGGAAGUGGAGGGCUAUGACAGAGAGACUCUGGACAUCAUAUGCAAUACAUUACCACAUCUGAAGUCAUUGAACAUAUUUUUCUUCACGACGUGGCCUGAUAUGGAUUCGUUGUCACAAUUGUCUCAAAUGCCAGACUUGGAGCACCUGAAGGUCGAGUUCUAUCAGAAUCGCGGAGUAAUUAAUUAUUUGGCGAAAAGUGUUUUCCUGAAACUGGAAUCACUGAACUUAACGGGCAUUUCAUUUACUCCCAAAUUGUUUCAAGACUUUGGCCUCUAUUUCCCAAAUAUACGGCAAUUAGUUCUCCAAAACUGUUCACUACUUUGCGACGACCGAAGCGAUGACUUCCGCGACCGACAGGACUGCAACGAUUGCAAGGAAACAGUUUGGAGACAUUUGUCGAAAUUAAGUCAUUUGAGAAAACUGUCGGUCAAUCUGUUGCCCCGAAAAGACACCGGAUUUUCCAAGUCAUACGUCUGGACAUUGAAUGAGCGCUCGUUUCCAGCCAUCGAAGAGUUGGACUUCCAAUGGCUUCCAUACGAUUCGCGCACUUUUGCCGACAACUUAUUGAAUCCUUUGAUGGCGUUUGCGAGGAAACACCCAAAACGUAUGUUUAAACUGAGAGUCAGUUCAGACUUCUUCGAGUCUGUGACGAAGAAGAAACAAAUCAAUGGUAUUAAGUAUAACGUGUUGUCGUCCAGUAUUGAGAGAAACGUUAAGAUUAUUAAUUGUUAUCCUUAA